AAUGUAAAAAAAAAAAAAAAAAAAAAAAAAAUGUUAGUUGAUCGCGGAGCAGAUGGACACACUCGGUCUCUCUCGCGCACUGAUGCUAGUGCUAGCAGAGUUUGGCGCCUCAUAGACAGUCGGAUCAAAAACAAAAACGAGCGGAGGUAGAGGAAAGAUACAUGGCAGAGGCAGAGAAACCCGUGCGCCCCAAGUCAUCCAAGGUGUGGGAGCAUUUCACACUAAAUAAACAAAAAAAGUGUGUUAACUGCAAAAUAUGCAAAAGCGACAUGGCAUGGCACGGGAGCACCACGGCAAUGAUCCAGCACCUGAAACGCAAACAUGUUGGAGUUUUUGAUGAGGAGGAAGGGAGUUCAACAGCAGGAAAAAAACAGCAAACCAUGAGAGGCUUCUUGAUGGGAAAUGCAUCAUGUACACCACAGCAAGCCGCUGUCUUGACGGAUAGUAUCCUUAACAUGCUCGUCACUGACAUGAGGCCUCUGUCGAUGGUUGAAGAUGACGGCUUCACUAAAAUGAUCCACACCUUGAACCCUGGUUACACUCUGCCCUCCAGGACUCACUUCACAAAGCUCAUGGAGAGAAAAUAUGAAGAGACAUUCAAAGAAGUGAAAACUGCAAUAAACACCAACAACAGCAAACUUGCUCUCACCACUGAUGUAUGGACAAGUGUAGCAACUGAAGCCUACCUUGGAAUUACAUGCCACUACAUCACAGAUGACUGGGACAUGCAGUCAUUCUGCCUCACCACCAUGCCACUGCAUGACAGACAUACUGCAUCUAACAUUGCAGAGUGGUUGGAGCAGGCAGUGGCAAGAUUUGAAAUUCCUCCUAGCAAAAUCAUUGCCAUAGUCCAUGACAAUGGUGCUAAUAUCGUGGCUGCAGCAAAUAUCCUGGAGGAGAAGCAUGGGUGGUCCUCUGUCCGUUGCACUGGCCAUACUUUGCAGCUUGUGAUCAAUACUGCAUUGAAGCAUCCAAGCAUUGAAAAAGCUGUCGGGGCUGCAAGAUGUCUGGUAGAACAUUUUAAGAAAAGUGAGCUGGCCAGCAGUAAACUCAGAGAGAAACAACAACAAAUGGCCACACCAGAGCACAGCCUUGUUCAAGACAUAAGCACAAGGUGGAAUAGCACAUUCUAUAUGAUAAGUCGACUGCUUGAGCAAAGGUGGCCUGUAACAGCAACACUGUCCGACAGCUCUGUCACACAGAGAGGCAAAAGGUACCUGGAUCUGAAACCAGACCAGUGGAGCCUGCUGGAAGAGCUUUCAACAGUCCUCAAGCCUUUUGAAUGUGUCACUGUGUUCAUGAGUGGACAGAAAUAUGCAACAAUAUCUGCAAUACCUCCACUUGUGAAGGGGCUGUUGAAGUCCACCCAGAGUGCUAUCUACGAGUCAGCCCCGCUGCGUGCUUUCCAACUCACUGCAGUGCAGCAGUUGCAGGAGAGAUGGAAAAGGGAGACUGCUUUCUCAGAUGGAGCACCAAACACAGUGAUUUUUGCGAUGGCCCUUGACCCAAGGUUUAGGAAACUGAGCAAGUUUCUUUCACCUGAUGAAAUCCUACUUGUUCAAACUAAACUGCAAACCAUGUUACUUGAAGAGAGAAGGAAGAUGGAUGUGCAGCAGCAUGGCAGUGACAGUGUUGUUAUUACCUCCACCAAUACUACAGCUAAUGAAUCAACACCUCUAGUAGCUACUCUAAUUGAUUCACUCCUUGGUUCUGAUGGUGAAGAAGAGGAUAGAGCAGGUGAAGCUGAGGAUGUCCACAGCCAAGUGAGGAACGAAGUCCUCACAUACUUUGGAGAAAAGAGCCUUGACAAGGAAGAAAACCCAUUAUUGUGGUGGAAGGCUAACAAUGAAAGAUAUCCCAUGUUGGCCAGGCUAGCAAAGUUUUAUCUCUGUAUCCCUGCCACCUCAACACCAUCUGAGCGGCUGUUUUCUGCAGCAGGCAACAUAGCCUCUAAGAAAAGAGCAAGCCUGAGCCAGGAGCAUGUGGACAUGCUCACAUUUUUGCAUUGCAAUGCAAAGUGUCUGAACAAAGGGAGUGAGAGAGAGUAAGAGUGUGUGUGUGUGUGUGUGUGUGUGUGUGUGUGUCAGUGUGAGAGUGUGUGCGUCUGAGAACAAGUUCUGACAUUCAAACAAAUCCUGUUAAAUUUUCUGAUUUGAAUUGUUCUUUAUUUUUUAUAAAUUAUUUAUUGUUCUGGCAGCUCAGGUGGCACUUUAUUUUUAUUUUUUUUAAAGUCUAUAUAUUUGGCAGAUGUAAAGCAUACAUGUGUAUGUUUUUAGUGUUAAUCCAUUUUUAUUUUAUGUUAUUAUUAUUAUAACAGCUCAGGGAUGUUCAAGGAGCAACAUGUGUGUGCACUUUCUAAAGAUUUUAGUUCUUUUUUUGAAUAAAGAGUUGGAAAUGAAUGCUUUUCUUGUUUUUUGUUUUUUAUCCGAUUCAUCGAUUAAUCGGAAAAAUAAUCGACAGAUUAAUCGAUUAUUAAAAUAAUCGUUAGUUGCAGCCCUAGACACAACGGUAAACAAGACAGUAAAU